AUGUUUGCUAUCUUCUCCAACACGCUGUGGCUGACCCUUUUGGCGCUGCAGCUCUUGACAUGUGACCUUCAAGCCAGGUCCAUUCCCGUCAGGUCCCCAUCAUUAUCAGCAUGGCAGCAACGAGAUGCUUUUACAAACCAAGACCCGCAAAACAAUGAGGGCGAAAAUCAUGGUAGACCUAAUGUCCCAAAUGGUGCCUCGCUCGUCUCCCUUCCCAUUACCUCCUCAGCUUCGCUUGCAACCUACUGGACAGCGAACCCGAACAACGCGACUGCCACCAACGCCUACAUAAUGAUGCACGGCAAACUACGCAAUGGCGAUGAUUACUGGACCAUCAUGAACAAAGUCCUCCAAGAAGCUGCUACCAACAAGCAUGCAGGCGCAGUAGCCACAUCCAUCGUCACCGCUCCUCAGUUUUACUCGGCACGCCUCAACUCGGGUCAAUACACCUCAAAACAACUUGCUUUCGCCGACACGAAUGUUUGGCAAGCGGGCGAGGCCGCGGUCCGUCCAGCUGGAACCAACGUAACAAGCCUUGAUGCGCUUGAUGCCUUGCUGACCGAGUUCAGCACCACGUCAAGAUAUCCCAAAAUGAAGCAGAUCACGUUUAUCGGGCAUGGUGGAGGAGGACAACUAAUCUCGAGGUACGCAGUAGUUGGCGCUGGUUUGCCAAGCGGAAGCAAGAUUCAGUUGCGCUACGUUGUUGGUGAUCCAUCUUCCAAUCCAUACUUCACCUUGGAUCGCCCCCUGCAGGAUGCCUCCGUUGCGAACAAGGCAAGCUGCCCGUUGUUCAACAGAUGGAGGUAUGGGUUUGAUUGCUUCAACGGCACCACAGCUGCAGGUCCCUUGACACCACAGGAGUACUUUGCUCGACUCGCUUCGCGAGACGUUCGAUGGGUUGUUGGAUAUCAAGACACCGACGGGGAUGGUGACAACACUUGCAUGGCUAAGCUCCAGGGGGGCGCAACACGUCGAGAUCGCAAUCUCAGCUGGUGGCGUUACAUCAACACUCUCGCUGGCACCAAUCAGGAUCUCACUGGCUUCCCCGGUGCGCUCCCUGGGAUGGUUUCGUGGAGCAACUUGACAAAAGGGUCGCUCAACCAUCGACUCACGGUGGUGUACGACGCCGAUCACAGCGCAGAAGAGGUCUACACGAGCAUGGAGGGCACGUCGGCAUUGUUCGACGACUCGGCCAACGUGCAAUUGGGAUGGAGGCCUCAAGGCUGGAGAAAUGUUUCGAGCAUCAAUCAUUCUACCAACGGAUCCAGCACGGGAUCUCCUCCUACAUCUGCUGCAUCCAUUACUCUCAUGCUUCCUGCGCAAGCAGCAACUCUUCUGGUCGCAUGUUUGCUUGCGAGCGGCACAUUGAUGCUGCUCUGA